AUGGCGACAAAUAUCACAGUCCCUUAUAUCUCUGUAAGCGACUUUGACUGGGGCCUGAACCUGGCAGCUGCAAGCUCUUUGCCCUGGAAUCAAACAAUCUGGUCCCUAAUCGCAGUCUUCACCGCACUCCCCCUCUGGAUGACCCUCGAACUCACCGUACAAGUCCUCUACCUCUUCCGACGCUGGUCCGGCCUCUAUUUCUGUUCCGUGCUAAUCACAACAUGGUGUAUUUCCCUGCACGCAAUUGGAUUUCUGCUAGCAUACUGCGUCCCAUCCUGCAGCUGGAUCGCAAGCUCUCUCAUCACCGAAAUCGGCUGGAUCGGAAUGGUCUCGGGUUUCUCGCUUGUGCUCUACUCGCGUUUGAAUCUGCUGAGUUUCAUAAUGCGCAAUCGACACAUUCCGCGGAUUGCGUUGGCAAUGAUCGUCACCGACGCGGUAUUAUUUCAUAUUCCGACAUUUGUAGUUUUCAUGUUGGGUAUUUCGAGUCCGGCUUCGUUCGUGAAGUUUGUCUCUACUAUGAACAUCCUCGAGCGAGUCCAGAUAGUCAUGUUUUCGGUCCAGGAAUUGAUUCUUAGCGGAUUAUACAUUUACGGCACAUUCAAAAUGGCUCAGGACUCGUUCAAUAGUCGCAUCCGCGGGACGAUUAUGUUGCUUAUCACGAUUCAGAUUGCGGCCAUUGGCUGCAGCGCGCUACUUAUCGUUCUUGAUUUCAUGGGAUAUUAUAUCCUCAAGUCAUUUAUUCAUUCGUUUGUGUAUGCGUUCAAGUUACAGCUCGAAUUUGUUAUUUUGAAUGAAUUUAGACGGCUUGUUACGCAGGCGAAGUCGGGCGCGGGAACGAUUGAGAAAGAUUUGACCAUGUUUUCUCUCUUGAAGAAAAAGGAUAUGUCAUCGGGCGGAAGGAAUGAGGAAACGGAUAUGGAGAUACAGCCUGUCUGA